CCCCGCUGCGGCAGCGCUGAAUAUUUGCAAUAAAAACAGAAAGCGUGCCAGUAAUAAGCUGUCUCCAUGGUAAUGAAGUCAUCGGUAGAGGAGGAGGAGGGAGGGUGGGCUCUCGGGAUCCCAGAAAAGAUGCGAAACAAUGCCAACUGGGUGGACAUUACCCAAGACUUCAAAGGAGCCUGUAAAGACUACACUCUGCGUGGAGCGGAAUACUUCAGAUGUGGAUUUAAAACAUCAACAACGAAAAGAACUCAAACUGGGCGAAUUGCUCCAUGACAAACUGUUUGGCCUGUUUGAGGCAAUGUCAGCCAUUGAGAUGAUGGAUCCAAAGAUGGAUGCUGGGAUGAUCGGAAACCAAGUGAACCGAAAAGUUCUCAAUUUUGAACAAGCUGUGAAGGAUGAGGCUAUAAAAGUGAGAGAUCUGAGUGUACCUGAGCUCAUCGGCAUCAUGGACAUUUGUUUCUGUUGUCUGAUCACAUGGCUGGAGGGGCAUUCUCUUGCUCAAACUGUAUUCACGUGUCUGUAUGUUCAUAAUCCUGAUCUGAUACAAGACCCCGCUCUCAAAGCCUUCGCUCUGGGCAUCCUCAAAAUCUGUGACAUCGCCCGUGAGAAAGUCAACAAAGCUGCUGUGUUUGAAGAGGAGGAUUUUCAGGCAAUGACAUACAGCUUCAAAAUGGCAAACAAUGUGACAGAUCUGAGAGUGACAGGAAUGUUGAAGGAUGUUGAGGAUGAACUUCAGAGGAAAGUGAAGAGUACACGCAGUCGACAGGGUGAACAACGCGAUCCUGAGGUGGAACUAGAUCAUCAGCAGUGUUUGGCUCUGUUCAGCCGUGUUAAAUUCACUCGUCUGCUGCUCAGUGCGCUCAUCUCCUUUACUAAAAAAGAGACGAGUGCUGUGAGUGAAGCACAGAAGCUGAUGACUCAAGCCGCUGACUUACUGUCUGCCAUACACUCCACCAUACAGUAUGGCAUUCAAUCACAGAAUGACACAACCAAAGGAGAUCACCCAAUCAUGAUGGGGUUCGAGCCACUGGUUAAUCAGCGCCUACUCCCACCCACUUUCCCACGCUAUGCCAAGAUCAUCAAGAGAGAGGAGAUGGUCAACUACUUUAGCAAACUCAUUGAGCGCAUUAAGACUGUCUGUGAGGUCAUCAAUAUAACCAACCUGCAUAGCAUCCUGGAUUUCUUCUGUGAGUUCAGUGAGCAGUCUCCAUGUGUCCUGUCUAGAUCUCUGCUACAGACCACCUUUCUGAUUGACAAUAAGAAGGUGUUUGGUACUCAUCUGAUGCAGGAUAUGAUUAAAGAUGCUCUGCGAUAUUUUGUCAGUCCUCCUGUCCUGUCCACAAAAUGCAGUUUGAAUAAUAACCAUCAGGCCAAAGAUUACAUUGACUCCUUUGUUACGCACUGCACACGGCCGUUCUGCAGCCUCAUCCAGAUUCACGGACACAACAGAGCACGCCAGAGAGACAAAUUGGGUCACAUACUAGAAGAGUUCGCCACUCUUCAGGAUGAGGCUGAGAAGGUGGACGCUGCUCUUCAUGGUCUGCUGAUGAAGCUUGAACCUCAGCGACAGCAUUUAGCCUGUCUGGGCACCUGGAUCCUCUAUCACAACCUGAGAAUCAUGAUCCAGUACCUGCUCAGUGGCUUUGAGCUGGAGCUCUACAGCAUGCACGAGUAUUAUUACGUCUACUGGUAUCUGUCUGAGUUCCUGUAUGCGUGGCUGAUGUCAACGUUGAGUCGAGCAGACAGCUCUCAGAUGGCCGAGGAGAGAAUCCUGGAGGAGCAGCUCAAAGCACGAAGCAACAAAAAGAGCAAGAAAAAGAAGAAAGCUCGUCCUCUGAGUAAAGAGAUCACUAUGAGCCAAGCGUACCAGAACAUGUGUGCUGGCAUGUACAAGACUAUGAUAGCGUUGGAUAUGGACAGAAAGGUGCGUAAACCUCAGUUUGAGCUGGACAGUGAGCAGGUUCGCUACGAGCAUCGUUUCGCCCCAUUCAACGGUGUUGUCACACCUCCACCAGUGCACUAUAUUCAGUUUAAGGAAAUGUCAGAUCUGAAGAAGUACAAUCCUCCUCCUCGCUCAGCGGAUCUCUAUAUGGCCGCCAGUAAACAUUUCCAGCAGGCCAAACUCAUACUUGAAAACGUCACCAGCCCUGACGCAGAGGUUAAUCGCAUCCUUAAAGUUGCCAAACCCAACAUUGUUGUAAUGAAACUACUUGCUGGAGGACACAAGAAGGAGACCAAGGCUCUUCCUGAAUUUGACUUCUCUGCACACAAAUACUUCCCCAUUGUCAAGAUCAUUUGAGAUCAGAACUCCUCUCGUUGAAACAUAAACCCUCAUGAUGGCCACUGAACAAAUGAAUAUUCAUAACCUAAAUGAUACAAAAGUUAGUAACAAGACCAUGUUCUUCUGUUUAAAGAUUUGACAUUACCGCCAUUAACGUUAAGACACUGAAUCAUAACUAUUUGUAUUAAGGUCUUUCUGGCUUUUUUGAUUCCAGUGGCUUCAGAAUAAAUCCUCAACUCAGAUCAGGUUUGACAAGAUACACAAUGUUAAGUGUAUUAACACAUUUUUGAGCAGAUCUCAGCCUGAUAUUUUCUAUUUUGUACUAAGUGAACAUCAAAUGGACAAAACUGUGUCUGUGUAUGUGUGAAAGAGCUCAACUCCUUAAAUUAUUUCACGUUUGUUUCUGGUGCGAUUUAAACUUGUGCAUUUCAGAUGUGUUGUUCAUCUUUUUAAGAGGCUGGAAUUCUCUUACGCUGAAAAUAAAGUGAUACAAGUUUUUUUUACAAAAUAUUUCAAUAAAUGAGUAUGUAAAUUCUAAAGCAAUAAGCAUGCAACAUGGGUUAUGGGCCUAAUUCAUGUAACAAGAACAGAAUAAAUUUGUGUAUAAAUCAUUAGUAAAAUGAUUAUGUAAAUUGUCUUAUUUAUUGCAAUGUAAUGGAUUCAUGAAUUAUACAUUUUUUUCAUGCAUAAGGCCUUAUGUUUGUAAUGGCAUGCUAUAUACAGAUGUUAUUUAUUUUGUAGUAUGCAGUAUGUAUACUGCACAGUAUGGAAAAUUGCCAGUAUGCAUGUAAUACCAGGAUGACCUAUUAAAGUUGCCAAAAUGCAUUUAAGCUUUCAUUUCUAGCAAGAAUAA